AUGAGUCAUUUAGCUUUUUUUCACCACUUCGAAAUGAAGAAGUUUGAAAACACAGACAUUAACAAACUGAUUGAGGUAAAUCAUCCAUCAACUGACUUUUCCAAAGAUAGACGACUGGACAAGCUGUUGGAAAGGAACGAAUGGAUAAAGAAGUAUGAAUCCGUUGAGUCCGAAUGUGCAACCUUGAGGGAAAAGUUGCAUAGGAUCACUUUGAACAGCCCUGACAAAAAUGAGCAGUUGCAUGGGAACGACGCCAUACAGAGGGACAUUUCGAUGAAGUACAAAUAUAUGCAAAACCAGUGCGAAUUCCUCAGCGUCCAGCUGAACAUCCUUACCCUGGAGAAGGAUAAAGAGGAACAGAAGAACCAAGACCUGCAAUCUACGAUCGAAAAGCAGAAAAACGAAAUAAAGGGGUACAAGAAAAUUCUUGAAAAAGUAAAAAAUAUGAACAUCUCCUUCAGAAAAGAGAAAAACGAAACCGAAAAAAAAAUUUGUACCAUUAGAGACAGCGACUUAUUGAUCAGAAAUGACAACAUUCUCCUCAAAGAAAUAGUAAAAAUAAAUGACAAGCUGAUAGAGGUGAAUGAAAAAAUAAAAGACAACGUUGAGGAAGAGCUCAACAAGGCCAAAACAAAACUGUCCGUGGCCCAUGACAAAAUUGGGCGCUUCUCCGAGGCAGUGAAUCAUAUGAGGGAGAAUUUUACCAAGUACAAAAAGAGGAAAGAGAAUAUUUUGCUAAAAAUACUAACAGACAAUGAACAGUUAAAAAAAGAAUUGUGGGAAAAAAAAAUCACCGAGCAACGCAACGUCGAGUGGAACAACCAAUUGGAAGAGUACAUCACAGCCAAAGUCUUGCUGAAUUUUUACGAGGCCAAAUACAAAAUGAGCGAUUUCGUCCUACACACUGUGCUGAGAUAUGUUAUCUCCAUGGACAGUUGGGAUAAUGUCGCCGGUGGAAAAGCCCUUGAGUUGGAAAGGGCCGAUGAAGGGGAUGCAAAUUACUCCAUUUUGAAUACCCUCCUGGCAGUGCCUACCGGGGGCAAAGAGAAAAUAAAAACGGAAUGGCGCUCCGAAAACGAAAUCUACGACGAGCAAAUGAACACCCUAAAGAGAGAUCUCCUUUCGGACAAUUUCCCACAGAGGCACCAAAAAAGUAGCAAGCGGGAUCCUCCCCCCGAAGCAGAAUUUUCGGAAGACGAAAAAGAUGGUAAUAACUCCCUGGAAGCAUUCAUACGUACAACCCCGAACACAUCAAACAUUGUAAACGAUAUAUACUACCACAUGAAGCUGGUGAAGGACAUCUUAGAAACAGCCAACGUGACGCUGAUUCUGCUUGUGUACACACACGAGACGUACCUAAAGGAGCCGCUUAACCACAUCCACCAGGAUGCGUACAUCCAAAUGGAAGAAAAGGGGAACCUACGAUUUGGUGCCUACUUUUUUACCUCUCUCUCGAACUUUCUCCUAUCCGUCUUGAAAUACGUCAAUAUAGUUAGAGGCACAGACAGACACGCCCACGUCGCACUACUACAAGAGAAACAGGUAUUUACAUUGUUCUGUUUAUGCAAAUAUGUACUGGAGGAGUACGUCGAAAAGAUAAGAAUUAAACUGUUCACGUCGACGAUUGAUUACCACAUAUUGGACGUGCUGAGCGAUAAGCUCAGGGGCAUCUAUGACGAGGUCUUUCCCCACGUGGUAAGGGGAAACACCGACGGGGGGGAAGAAGAAGAAAAAAAACACCAAAAAGAAAAACAAGAAGAAGAACAACAAAAGGGAGAUACCGCAGAUGGACAAGUCCUCCCAACGGAUGUCGCACCAAAAAGUAGUAACCAUAUGGGGAGGAAAAAAAAAACGCAUGAUGAGGCAAAAAACACCAAAUUGAUAUUCUGCAGGGGUAACCAAAAUAGGGAUGGCGACUCCUCCCAGAAGGGAUGUUCUCAUCAAGAAUCUGCUGAGGAAACCACCUCGCUUGACGUCCUGGGACACUUAAAUCUCGCCACGGGGUUGAGCAUCACGUUAAUAAUCGACCAGGAUGUCUACUGUGAUGUGUUCCCCGAUACGAAUGUCAACCAGCAGAAGGAAAUAAUAACGAAAUGUCAAGAGCUGCUCAAAUUAGUGAAGGCACCCCUAAAAAUUAGCAAUUUUCAUUUCCCCUUAAAGAGGUAUAAAUUUUCUUUUAAAAAUUUUAUUAGGCACUGUGAAAGGUACCAAACGGUGGUGAUGAGCAGUGCGAACGGAGGAGGCAAUACCACACAUGGACGUACCAACACUGAAUACACAAUCAACCAGGUGAGUGUCUCCAUGCUGGACGAACUGAAAAGUAUACUGGAGGAUAUCACUAAGGUCUACUCCAUCGACGCGCAGGAACCGGGCGAUCCAUACAUACUACAAAUAUGCGGCAAACUGGUAAAGCUUUACCGAAACCAAGUGGCCGGAAGGGGGAAACAAUGCAAAGAGCAACAGGGAGAGGAGGACCUAAAACGAGAUGAACUAAUAACACAGUUACAAGACGAAGUUACACUGAACAGAGCCAAAAUAAAUGCACUUAACAAACAGCUGAACCUACUUACCAUAAGGGAAGAAAAAUACAACAAAAUCAGCAUCGAUUUGAAUGUCCUAAAGAAGGAAAAAAAUGAGUAUCUAAAUCUAAUCAGGGAACUACGCGAAAGCAAAAACGAAAACGUAAGUGAAAUCUCGCAUCUCACAAAACAUUACAAUGAUGUUAAGAAGAAGUAUAAUGACAUGUUGAAAAAUUAUGAACACAGGAAGAAGUUUUAUGCCAUCCAGAAACAAAUGGAACCGUCCAACAUUGACACCUAUUACAUGAAGAAAAUUAUAAAUAAUCUCUACUACGAGAAUUUUUUGACCAAGCUGGGUACACACUACCGCUUGUUUGGGCAAUCGCCGCUGCCCUGCGAUGAGACCUUCUGUGCCCCCUUUUCCCUCAUCGGUGCAGGUAGGAAAACUCCCUUUGGGCCCACGCCACACCUGCCGCUAUGCACACAUCACGAAGAGGAUGGCAUAUCUUCCUUAACAAACCAAAUGGGCCCCAACCAAAAGGGAUCUUCGACAAACGACACCUACUUCACGAACGAGAAGCACGCCACCCUCUACGACGAUAUAUACAAUUGCGAAAUAAUUAAAGGCAGAAUUAAUCGUGCCCAAAAGGGUUACUUUAAGAACAGACUCUACCGUACCAACACCACUUUGCGGCAAAUGCCCACCUGUCGCAAAGAAGAAAAAAACACACAAGACAUAACGGACAUCAUUGACAUAAUCGAAGAAUAUAAAAAUUUAAAAAAUGAAAUUUUCACCCAAAUGGUGAACACUCCAAAUGGGACUAAUUGCAUCUUAAGGGGGGGAAAAAAAAAGGAACAACAAAAUUGGGCACGCUUGUCGGAAAAAGUGGCUCAACUAAAAUAUGCAAUAAGGAAAUUUCACGCCGACAACAAGAGGUCAGGGUUAAAUGGAGGUCCUCCUCCCUCCGCCCGAAAUGUCCUCACCAUUUCGUUUCGGGAUAGGUCGGACAGUUGCCACGAUGGGGACACUUCGGGGGAUCACACAACCACAGAGGGGCAUCUCACCACAGAUGGAUACCACGCAACUGAAGGCAAAGCACAACAACGCUGCAACAAUGUUAUACUCACCGAACAGUCCUUUUCCUACCUCCUCCACAAUAUGUUCGAUUUGUGA